AAAACCUCUCCCAGAGCUUGGCAGUUUCGAGCCUGUAAAUUGUUCUUGUUGAUACCCGCCCACCCUCCAGCAUGGCGUGCCUUCUUCGGAAAGUUUCUGCGGCGGUUUUCUUCUUAGCAUUUUGGGGCUUGGCCCUGGGGGACAGGCUGCUGGUGGUCCCUCAGGAUGGAAGCCACUGGCUCAGCAUGAGGGACAUCACGGAGCGUCUCAGUGAAAAAGGGCAUGAGAUCGUGGUGGUGGUGCCCGAGGUCAAUCUGCUCCUCCUAGAGUCCAGGUACUACACAAGGAAAAUCCACCCAGUGCCCUACGACCAGGAAGAGCUGGAAGCCCGUUACCGCUCCUUCGGGAAACACCACUUUUCUCCACGCUGGCUGGUGACUGCCCCCGUGGUGGAGUAUAGGAACAACAUGAUUGUCAUCAAUAUGUACUUUACCAACUGCCAGAGUCUCCUGAGGCACUCGGACACCCUGCGCUUCCUCCGGGAGACCAAGUUUGACGCCCUGUUCACAGACCCGGCCUUACCUUGCGGGGUGAUCCUGGCCGAGUACCUGAACCUGCCCUCCGUGUACCUCUUCAGGGGCUUCCCCUGCGCCCUGGAGAACACGUUCACCAGGACCCCGAGCCCCUUGUCCUAUGUCCCCAGGUACUACACUCAGUUCUCGGACCGGAUGACCUUCCUCCAAAGGGUGGGCAACUUCCUGGUGAACUACCUGGAGAACAUUCUGCUCUACUUGCUGUAUUCCAAGUAUGAAGACCUGGCGGGGGAGGUCCUUGGGAGGCAGGUGCACUUGCCGGCCUUGUAUCGGAAGGCCUCCAUUUGGCUGUUAAGAUACGACUUUGUGUUUGAGUAUCCCAGACCAGUCAUGCCCAACACGGUCCUCAUCGGAGGGUCCAGCUGCAAGAAACAGGGCGCCCUGUCUCAGGAAUUUGAAGCCUAUGUAAAUGCUUCUGGAGAACAUGGAAUUGUGGUUUUCUCUUUGGGCUCAAUGGUCUCAGAGAUUCCGGAGCAGAAAGCUAUGGAAAUUGCUGAUGCUUUGGGCAAAAUACCUCAGACAGUCUUGUGGCGGUACACAGGGACUCCACCACCGAAUCUUGCGAAGAAUACAAAACUUGUCAAGUGGCUGCCCCAAAAUGAUCUGCUUGGUCACCCAAAGACUCGGGCUUUUAUCACACAUUCCGGCUCCCAUGGCAUUUAUGAAGGAAUAUGCAAUGGCGUUCCCAUGGUGAUGAUGCCCUUGUUUGGUGAUCAGAUGGACAAUGCAAAGCGCAUGGAGACCCGGGGAGCUGGAGUGACCUUGAAUGUCCUGGAAAUGAGUUCGAAAGAUUUAGAAAAUGCCCUGAAAGCUGUCAUCAAUGAAAAAAGCUAUAAGGAAAACAUCAUGCGCCUGUCCAGACUUCACAAGGACCGCCCCAUAGAGCCUCUGGACCUGGCUGUGUUCUGGGUGGAGUUUGUGAUGAGGCACAAGGGGGCAUCCCACCUGCGCCCUGCAGCCCAUGACCUCACCUGGUACCAGUACCACUCUCUGGAUGUGAUUGGCUUCCUCCUGGCGGUCGCGCUGACAGUCAUCUUCAUCACCUUUAAGGCCUGUGCCUUCGCCUUCCGGAAAUGCUUCGGGAAGAAGGAGAGAGCGAAGAAAUCUCAUAAAUCCAAGACACACUGAGAACUGGGUUGGAAACUUUAGAGAAAGGUUAAAUUCAUGUUAUGCUUACUCAAGAACUACUUUCAGAAAAUGACGCCCCAGAGUGUUUUGAAAAAUAAAAAUGAUCCAAUCCCUAGUCACAAACACAGGUAGAGAUAUUUGAGUCUCUUUGCUGCUCCCUCCAGUACUUUAAUCUGGACUUCAUUUGUCAUCUUUCAAAUGACUUAAGAGAACUGGUAGGUCCUUCCUUCAACCUAUGAUACUUUUCCUGCUCAGAAAUGGGAACUGUUUGGGAGCCGCGUCUUCCUUCCCCUGCCCCCAGGAAUGCAUCCAGCAUCUGUAGACACAUUCCCUCACCAAUAACGGCUGGUUCUAAAUUAUGCUUGUGCUUCAGAGAUGUCCCUGUGCAUCUAAAUAAGGAGAUGUCUCUUCCUUGUCCUUGAUGUGCCAUGAAUGAAUGGUAUAGAGUUCUUCUAAGACAGUGUAUGGUUUCUGACUUUAGUGGGAAAAGAAUGACGUAUAAAAUUGGUGGGUGAUGUGCCUGAGUAGAUAAUCAUUGCUUGUGCCAAACAGAUCUGAAUUUGGAAGAUGCCUAAAUUAUAGUGACUGGAAAGUAUAUUUUUUCUGAUGUGAUAACUAAAAAUGCAUUAAUAAAUUUAUGUCAAUUAUA